AUGGCUCUUGAUCCUUUACUAUACCUUAAUCAUGACGAUUCCUCCAAAGACACCAAUGAUACUCUGGUUAUGAAUCAAUCAACAAAACUUAUCUCCAAAAAGAAUUUUGUUGACAGCAAUGUUGACCCAAAUCAGGGUGUUGAUGAUGUCACUCAUAAUGAAAAUGGCCUUGUAUUACCUGUUUCCUCCCUAAUUGACUUUUUAUUCAAUUUAUCAAAAAUCCUUCAAAAUGCUGACAGCGAAGAUAUAAUAUAUUUUAACAAUUUAAAUUCCACUAAUUUGUGCAAAAAUUUUAUAAAUAAUCAAUUUCCUUCCACAAUUUUUAUUGUAAAGUUGUUCAUCAAAAAUUCCACAUCAAAGAAUACCUUCUUGUUGUUAAAUACUUUAAUUCCCCUAAAUCAAGUUUUGUCUACAAUAGUCAUUAUAAAGGAAAAGGGUCUAUUAUACAAUAGAAAUUUCCUAGAUUCUCAAUUACAGGUGAUUAAUUUACCAAACUAUCCUCUAAUUAAUUCAGUCAAUCGUCUGACAACUAAAUUUAAUGACUCAAGUAAUAUCAAAUCUAUCACCGAAAAUUCUGAUAUUGAUGAUAGUAACAAUACUGACUCUUUUAUUGAUAAUGAUAAUACCGAUGAAAACCCUAAUUCAGUAAAUUCUAGCUCCAAUUUAAUCAUUAAAAAUGAUGACAGAAAAUCCUAUGAAACACUUCGAACUUUAAUAAAUUUGGGUAUCUCUCCAUACUUUGAAGCUUUAACUCAAAUCUCAAAUACCCCAAUAUUAGAUACAGACUCUCAAUCACUAAUUGCGUCUAUUUCAAAUAAUUUAAACACAAAAGUUUCUCCAGGUUCUAAUUUAAUUUCUAUCAAUCAACUAUCAACUAAUAACAAUAACGAUGAUGAUAAUACUGGAGCAAUUGGAAGUGCAAGAAAAAAAUUAAGCGAAUUGAUUUUGUCAUUGCAACAUAUUCAACAGUCUGUUCAAAUUCCUGAUUUAUCCUUGACGUUACAUCAUACAAUCAAAAACGCAAUUGAAUCUGCAAAUCACAGUAAUGAUAAAUUACCAAUUGAUUUUAUUCCCGAAGAUUUAUUAUCUGAUUCAAAUUUUUUAAAUACUUUGCAAAGUAUAGCCAAUGGAUGGAUAAAAUCCGUUCAGAAUGUCACAAAAUUAUCAAGAGACCCAUCUGAAGGUUCUGCUGCUGAUGAAAUCAAUUUUUGGACAUCAAUGGAAAGUGCACUAUUAAAUAUUCAAGAUCAGUUAAACUCUCCUCCAAUAGCUCUAACCCUAGAAAUUUUGACCAAGGCCAAGAGAUUUUAUGCCACUCUCAGUUUAACAAAUGAUACAGGUUUGAAAGAAAGCUUAUCAACUGCAAAUAAGUAUAAUCAAUUGAUGAAAGACCUACCUUUAGAUGAAUUGUUGUCUGCAACAACUUUAAAAAAAAUUGAGGAAGCAAUUAUUUUAAUUAUGAAUCAUUUGAAAAAACUUCGAGUGACAAACUAUCCUAUAAAUAGAGUUUUACCGUUUGUUGAAGCAAUAUCUGCUGACUUGGACUCAAAAUUAAAAAUGAUUAUAAGAACUUUUAAUUUGAUGUACUUGAACUUUGACGAAUUUUUAUCUAAAACUCAAGAAAUCAAUUCUGUCUUCCUGAUUUGGGAUAAACAAAUCAAAGAAUUUACAAAUCUUGCAAGAGAAUUGUUAAGAAAAAGAUCAGAAAAAUUUAUCUUUAUUAGAAUCAAUUCAAAAACAAGAGCUCUAAAAGAAAGAUUAGAAUACAUUCUAACUUUUAGGUCAAGACACAAUGAGCUAAUUAUAACUCUUAAUAACAUUAUCAAUACCACAAAUAAAAAUUUUUCGAAUUUCAAAUUCAAUAAUAACAUGAAUCCAAUUAACGAAAUGGAAUUUGCUUUUGAUGCUGUAAGAAAUAUAGAUAUUGCCAACACUUCUGCUGAAGGUAAAAAAUUUUGGGAUUCUGCAGAAAAAAUAUACAAUAACAGAGCUCAAAAGGUUGAAAAUGCUAUUGUCUCCAUGUUAAGGGAAAUACUAUCAAAUUCCAAAAGUGCUAAUGAAAUGUUUUCAAUUUUCAAUAAAUUUAAUUUUUUAUUGUCCAGACCUUCGGUUAACGAUUCAAUUCAGGAAUAUCAGACACAAUUGUUAGAAAUUGUUAAAUUGGACAUCAAUAAUUUACAAAAGCAUUUCCUUAAACAAACUGAAUCUCGGAGAUUGUUUAAAGCACGAGAUUUGCCCCCUGUGUCAUCAGCAAUUAUUUGGGCUAAACAAAUUGAAAAUAAGUUGAACUUUCUUUUAAAUAGAUUGGAAUUGAUUCUUGGAAAAAAUUGGAUUGAAUAUGUUGAGGGAAGAAAAAUUUAUAUGGAGUCUGUUGUGUUCAAGAAAAAAUUAAACACUGAGCCAAUAUAUGAAACUUGGCUAAAUGAGGUUAUGGAAAAUAAUAUUAAUUCAUGUCUUGAGUUGAACAUUUUUAAAAUUGUAAGAAAUUCGAAUGAAAAAACUGACUUGUCAUUGGUAAAUGGAGGAUUAGAAUUAGUGGUGAAUUUCGAUUUUAAUUUAAUUAUAAUAUUCAAGGAGGUUAGAAAUUUAUGCUGGUUAAAUUUUCAGGUGCCCCAUUCUAUUAUCACAAGUGCAAGAUUAAUAAGAAAAGUAUAUCCAUUUGCAAUUAGCAUUAAUGAAUCUUUAAGUAUCUUUUUUGAGAGUUUGAUAGAGUACGAUACUUUAAAUGAAGCUUCAAUUUUAAUGAAACCAAUUAAAAACAAUUUAUUUAGAUUAUUACUGGAUUGUUUUAAUAUAAGGUGGGUAGAUUUAUCUAAAGCUUAUGAUUUGCAAAAACUAAGUUCUGUGCUUGACCAAAAUAGAGAUUCUAUUACUGGAAAUGAUGAUUUAAAAACUAAUAUUACGAGUAGCAUUGAUUUGAUUGAAAACCAAUAUUUGAAAAAUGUGUUAAGCUUUCAAAAUUCUGCAAAUACAUUUCAUAAUAAAAUUGAGUUACUUAAAAAAUUUAAAUUUAAUUUAAAUGUUUGUUUUAAUGAGUUGCUAGGUUGUUAUUAUAAUAAAUCAUCAUUUGAAAAAAUAUUGUCCAUGAUUCAAAAAUUAGUGAAUGAAAUAAUUUUAGAGGAUUAUAGUAAUGUCAGUUUGCUUGUUAAAAAAAUUAAUAAGAAGAUUGAAACAAUUUUUGUUAGUAGAUGCAUCAAAGUUACAAAUAUUUGGAUUGAAUUACUUUCAAAUGAAUACUUGGAAAAUGAUUUUGAACUUUCGGACACAAUUAAAAAUUUUGAGAUAGAAGAGAAUAUCGUUUCGAAGAUAAAUGACCAAGAAACAUUUGAAAAAAAAAUAUCAGAUGUCAAAAAGUUUCUUCCCAUAUCCAGACAUGAAAUCAUUCUCAAGGAUGACACAAUAUCUGUAUAUCCCCCAAUUGAAAACUCAAAGUUAACUUGGAUAUGGAAUUUACAACAAGCUAUAAAUAUUGUUUGUAGUCAACGAAUCAUAGAUGAAAGCAGUUAUGAAAUAAAAGUUGGGAAUGAGAAUAUUCUUAAUUCUAUGUCAACAAAACAUUCAAACGAACUGUCAUUGAAAUAUUCUAAUUCUAGAACAAAUGGCCAUAAAUCACAUAUUUAUGGCACUUUUCACAAAAUAAAUGGUUCUAAAGCAGUUUUAAAUCAAAUUGAAAGAUGUUUGUUUAAAAUAGAAGAGAAAUUUACAAAAGGUAAGGAGUAUGUGAACAGUUGGGUGCAGUUUCAGAGUUUAUACGAUUUACAAUUAGAAGAUGUUUACAAAACCCUAGCUUCUGAUAUUCUGAGCUGGUUAAAUGUUCUAAAUGAAAUACGUCAAUCAAGAAAAACCUUUGAUACUAUUGAAACCGAAAAAAAAUUUGGAAAUUAUCUUGUGAUAGAUUACGAACAGGUACAGUUGCGUGUUAAUGCCAAAUACGAUAUUUGGCAAAAACAGAUAAUAUUCAAGUUUUCAGAAAUAUUGAAUUUAAAGAUGAAACAAAUAAAUGGCGAAAUAUCAAAUGCUAAAAACGAUUUGGAAACUAAAAACAAUGAUCUAUCUUCUACAAAAAAUACAGUGCAUUUAAUUUCAAAUGCUUAUAAAUACAAAUCUUGUUACUCACUAUGGCAAAAAAAUUUAAGCCUAUUUUCUGACGGACAAGCAUUUUUAACAAGAUACAGAUUUAGGUUUCCUUCCGAUUGGCUUUAUUUUGAACAGAUGGAAGGUGAUUUUCUUGCAUUAACACAAACUUUAAAUAUGAGAAUGAUAACAAUUGAUAGCCAGAUAGAUGCUAUAUCUAAAAGAAUAGAAAGUGAGUCUUCAAGAGUAAAUGAGAUAAUUUCUAGUUUUAAACUAAAUUGGUCUGAAAAAAAACCAAUAUCUGGUUCUAUUGUUCCAGAUGAUGCAUUAAGGAUUUUGAAAAACUUUGAAAAACAAGCCAUUGAGUUGCAAGGUAGAACAGAUUUAUUGCUGAAAGCAUCUGCAAUAUUAUCUUUGUCAAUUGCUGAAGAUAAAACAUUAAAAAAUUUAUUUGAGGAGAUUCAAGAUUUAAUGAAUGUUUGGUCUUCCAUUGAUGUCUUGUGGAAGUCACUUGAAGACCUACGUUCUCUUCAGUUCCACACCAUUAACCCAACAAAGCUCAAUUCCCUGUUACAGCAAUUACUAUUUAGAGCUCGGACAAUGCCUACUAGAAUCCGUCAAUAUGCUGCAUUUGAAGAUAUUCAAAAUGUGAUUAAGAAUUAUGUUCAAACAAAUCCUUUAAUUACUGAAUUGAAAUCCGAAGCUAUUAAACAUCGUCACUGGCUAAAAUUAUUUAGUGAAUUAAAUAUUGACAGUCUAUCUCCAACUGCUUUAAGACUAGGGGAUAUAUAUAGUUUGCAGUUGUUAUUACAUCAACAUAUGGUUAAAGAAAUAGUAGCUCAAGCUAAUGGUGAAAAAAUAAUUGAAGAUUCUUUGGCGAAAAUCAAGGAAAAUUGGUCAAGUACAACUUUCAAUCUAUUUAACUAUAAGAAUAAAUGCCGCCUUGUCAAAGAUUGGAAUAUAUUAUAUGAACAGUCUGGAGAUGAUAUUGCUUCUUUGGUUGCAAUGCAUCAUUCAACAUUUUUUAAAAUUUUUGAGAAAGAAGUGAUUAAUUGGGAAGAAAAAUUAAAUCAAUUAUUAUCGUUAUUUAAUGUUUGGAUAGAAGUUCAGAGACUAUGGAUGUAUCUUGAAGGUAUUUUUGGAGAUAACAAAUUAGACAUCAUCAGUUUACUACCGAUUGAAUCAUCCAGGUUUAACAACAUAACAUCUGAAUUCUUUUUAACCAUGAAAAGGAUAUUUAAAUCUCAAAUGGUUAUUGAUGUUUUAAAUAAUGAUAAUCUCCAAGAAAAUAUGCAGAGAUAUUUUGAUGCUUUAUCCAAAGUGAAGAAAUCAUUAAACGAUUACCUUGAAAAACAAAGAGAAUUAUUUCCUAGAUUUUACUUUGUUGGUAAUGAGGAUCUUUUGGAAAUAAUUGGUAAUUCCAGUGAUGUUUUGCAUGUGGGGAAACAUUUAAAAAAAAUGUUUUCUGGUAUUAAUUCUCUUUUAUAUGAAGAACCGUUCAUUAAAGGAAUAUCUUCUUUAGAAGGAGAGGAAGUAAUUUUAUUGAAUCCAGUGACAAAAUCAAGUUUCUUAAAUGAAUGGCUUUCAGAACUUGAUAUAGAAAUUAAAGUUACAUUAUCGGCUUUGUUAGGUUCCUCAUUAAUUGAUUUUACUGAAAUAAAUAACUUUGAAAUUGAGCCCGAAAGUUUUUUCAAUUGGGUUAAGAAAUAUCCAGCACAAGUUUGUCUUUUAACGGCCCAAGUGUUUUGGACUAGGAUUGUUGAAUCAUCAAUAUUGGCUUCGAAGAGCAAUUCAGAAGAAAACCUAAAAUUUUUAAUUACAAAGUACGAGCGGUUACUUAAAUUACUUGCUACUUCUGUUAUUGAAAAACUUGACAAUAUUACUAUAAAAAAGUUAGAAAUACUAAUAAUUGAAUUAGUUCAUCAAAGAGAUGUGAUUAUUGAAAUGUUAAAAAGAAAAGUUUCUUUCAUUGGCGAUUUUUAUUGGAAAUUUCAACAAACAUUUUAUUAUGAUGAUUCUUUAGAAGAUUAUGUAGAAAGGUUAAAGGUCCACCAGGCAAACGUUGUUUUUUCUUAUGGGUUUGAAUAUUUAGGAAUUCCCGAUAGACUAGUCUACACACCACUUACAAAUCAGUGCUUUAUAUCUAUGACACAAGCUGCUGCUCAAAGGCUAGGAGGAUCGCCAUUUGGACCUGCAGGAACUGGUAAGACUGAAACAAUUAAAUCUCUAGGACAAAACUUGGGGAAAAUGGUAUUAGUAUUUUGCUGUGAUGAGUAUUUUGAUUUUCAAGCUAUUUCUAGAAUUUUGUUUGGUGUCUGUAGAGUAGGGGUCUGGUGCUGCUUUGAUGAAUUUAAUCGACUUCAAUCUUCUAUUCUUAGUGCAGUAUCGUCACAAAUUGAAAAAAUAGAAACUGGUUUAAGCUCUCAAAAAGCGAUCGAGCUAUCUGGCAAAUCUGCAGUUGUGAAUCUUAAUACUGGGAUAUUUAUUACAAUGAAUCCCACAUAUGCUGGAAGAUCUUCUUUACCUGAAAAUUUAAAAAAGCAAUUCAGAAGUUUUUCAAUGGAUAAACCUGACAGAGAAAUAAUUACUGAGGUCAUUUUAAUUUCCCAGGGUUUUACAACAUCAAAACAAAUUUCUAAAAUAAUAGCGGGCUUUUUUGUUGACCUUCAGAAAGUUGCACAAAAGGAAUUACAUUAUGAUUUUGGGCUACGUUCUAUUAAAUCAAUAUUAUCUAAUUGUGGAAAAAUCAAAAGAAAAGGUUUUACCCUAGAUGAAGAAAAAAUUGCGUUUAAAAGUAUUAAAUCGUCAAUUGCUCCUAAGUUGGUUUCUGCCGAUGUCGAAAAAUUUAAUGAAUUAACUAUUAAGUAUUUUCCUAAAUUUGUUAAAGAUGACCAAAGUGAUGAAUAUGAAAAAAUCAUAGAAGCAUUAAAGCUUGUAACUAAAGAAAACAACUACUCUUAUAAUGAAGAAUGGAUUAGAAAGGCUUUACAACUUUACGACAUUCAAUCUAAUCAUCAUGGCUUUAUUUUGGUGGGAAAAUCUGGAUUUGGUAAAACUGUUUUAUGGGAAUGUUUAUUAAAGGCAUUAAACAAAAUCGACACCAUUGAUAACUUAUAUCAUGUUAUUGAUUGUAAAGUUAUGUCCAAAGAAGAUCUUUUUGGGUCAUUGGAUUCGUCUACUCGAGAUUGGACUGAUGGGUUAUUUACUAGUAUAUUGAGAAAAAUAGGAGAGAAUUUAAGAGGAGAACUUUCAAAACGUGUUUGGAUAGUGUUGGAUGGAGAUAUUGAUCCAGAAUGGGUGGAAAAUUUAAAUAGUGUUCUUGAUGACAAUAAAAUAUUGACAUUGCCAAAUGGUGAACGUAUAAAUUUACCUCCAAAUGUUAAGAUUGUUUUUGAGGUUGAUUCGUUGAAAUAUGCAACUCCUGCAACAGUUAGUAGAUGUGGUAUGAUAUGGUUUGGAAAUUCAUUAGUCAGUUCUACCUUUUUAUUAUCCAAAUUUUUAUUAUUUUUAAAAUCGGAUUUACUAGAAGAUAUGGAAGAUAUUGCUACAGCUUUUCAGACAUCUGGACUUUCCUUGUUGGAUUUUCAAGCAAAAUGUUCCAAUUAUAUAUCUGAUAUUUUCGAAAACUCAUUGUUGCAAGAAUGUGUUGAUUUUUCUUCUUCUUUAUUUCAUAUUAUGCCCUUUGAUGAAAUUCAUCUUGUCAAUUCAUUUUUAUCAAUAUUAAAGUCUUAUAUUAGAAAACUUAUUGUCUUUGUUUCCAACAAUCUAUCUUUUAUUCACGAAGACUUUUCAGAAUAUUGUCGAAAGGCUUGUUUUCUUUCUUUAUGUUUUGGGUUUUCUGGAUCAUCAAAUUUGGAAGGUCGAAAUGAAUUUUCAAAGUUUUUAUUUGAAAAAUGUGAUCUUGAGAUUGAAUGCAAUAUUCUUGAUUAUGAUGUUUCAUUACCAGAGUCUCACUGGAUUCCAUGGCUUUCUAAAGUUCCAAAGGUCGAGCUUCAAACACAUUCCAUUACUCGACCAGAUGUUAUUGUUCCUACAUUUGAUACUGUGAGACACGAGGACCUAAUUUACUCAAUCAUAAAUGAGCAUAGUUCUCUAUUAUUAUGUGGGCCACCCGGUUCUGGUAAGACAAUGACUUUAUUUACUGCUCUACGUAAAUCAUCAAAUUUAGAAAGUAUAUCAUUGAAUUUUUCCAAAGAAACAUCUCCGGAUUUAUUGAUCAAAACUCUUGAACAAUACUGUGAGUAUAAACGAGUUGCAAAUGGGUUGAUUUUGGCUCCUUCGAUUCCAGGAAAAUGGCUAGUCAUUUUUUGUGAUGAAGUUAAUUUGCCAGCAAAUGAUAAGUAUGGAACACAGACAGUUAUAUCUUUCAUUAGACAACUUAUAGAAAAGGGAGGAUUAUACAAAAAUGGUUCUUGGGUUCAAACCCAAAAUAUUCAAUUUGUUUUUGCAUGUAAUCCCCCAACAGAUGCUGGGCGUAACCCUCUAAGUCUACGUUUUCUUCGUCAUGUAUGCUUAAUCACUGUUGGUUAUCCUGAGAGAAUUUCGUUGAACCAAAUUUAUGAAACUUUCAAUAACGCUAUUUUGAAAAUUAUUCCCCAAUUGCGUUACGCCUCUACUCUUUUGACAAGUGCAAUGUUAUCAGUAUAUUUUGAAUGCAGUAAACAUUUUCUUCCUAGUUCUCAGGUUCAUUAUAUAUAUAGUCCUAGAGAAUUAACUCGUUGGGUAAGAGGUAUUUAUGAAGCAAUAAAGUCCCUUGAAAAUUUGGAAUUUGACGAUUUAGUUAGACUAUGGGCUCAUGAAGCAUUGCGAUUAUUUCAUGAUCGUCUUGUUAGCCAGUCCGAGAGAACAUGGGUUUUUGAAUUAAUAAAAUCUGUUGCUAUCGAAAAUUUUCCUAAUGCUGAUAUUCAAAAGGUUUUUUUGGAACCAAUCCUAUAUUCUAACUGGCUUUCAUUAAACUAUUCUUCUGUUGAUUCUGAUGAAUUAAGAUUGUUUGUUAGUGAAAGACUUCGUGUUUUUAGUGAAGAAGAAAUGGAUGUACAUCUAGUUCUAUAUGAUGAGCUCUUGGAUCAUAUUUUAAGAAUUGAUAGGGUUUUGCGUCAACCUCAGGGACACCUUAUAUUAGUUGGGCCUAGUGGUAGCGGAAAAACCACUUUAAGUCGAUUUGUAUCCUGGAUAAACGGUUUGAAAAUUGUUCAAUUAAACGUAUCUAGAAAAUAUUCUCUUCGAGAUUUUGAUAACACUUUAAGGGAUCUUUUGAGAAGAGCGGGAACAUUAGGAGAAAAAAUUUGUUUUAUUGUUGACGAAUCGAAUAUCAAAGAAACUGCAUUUUUAGAAAGAAUGAAUACAUUAUUAGCUAAUUCUGAAAUUCCUGGUCUUUUUGUGGGAGAUGAACUAAGUUCUUUAAUGACGGCAUGCAUGGAUCACUCUCAAUCACAGGGUUUGUUACUUGACACUCAAGAAGAACUAUACAAAUGGUUUACACAACAAGUAACUGAAAAUCUUCAUGUUAUUUUCACUAUAAACAAUCCAAAUGAUAAGUCAUCACCACAAAUCAUUUCUUCUCCUGCUUUAUUUAACCGUUGUGUUCUUAAUUGGAUGGGCGAUUGGAGUAAUUCCACUUUAUAUCAAGUUGGUUCAGAAAUGGUGCAAUCAGUCCCUAUCGAUAUGCCAGACUACACCAAACCAACUGAUUUUUAUCAUAUUGUGCCUCAAUAUGUGGAUACAUUUAGAGAUGUAAUUAUCGAUGCUGCUGUUUUUAUUCAUCGAUCUGAAAUAAAAUAUGUCACACAGAACAGAGUUCCACAAAAAACUCCUGGGCAUUUUCUUAGUUUAAUCAAAAAUUUUAUUGAGAUAUUUUUACGUAAAGAGGAUGAGCUCCAAGAACAUCAAAGGCAUAUUAAUAUGGGGCUUGAUAAAUUACGCAACACUGUUUUGGAAGUUAAAGAUUUGAAAGAAAACCUUUCCGAAGAGCAAUCAAAGUUAAAAGCGAAAGAAGCAGAAGCCAAACAAAUGCUUAAUAAAAUUUUGACAGAUCAAAACCAAGCUGAAAGAAAACAAGAGGCUUCCGAGAAUAUUCAAAUAGCAUUAGAACAACAAGAAAUUGCAAUUGGUGAACGAAGAACAGUUGUUAUGAACGAUUUAGCCUUGGCUGAGCCAGCAGUUAUUGAGGCUCAAAAUGGUGUGAAAAAUAUUAAAAAGCAGCAUUUAACCGAAAUUCGAAGUAUGGCAAACCCACCAGAAGCUGUGAAAGUAACAAUGGAGAGUGUAUGUAUAUUAUUGGGUUAUAAUGUAAAUACUUGGAGAGAUGUUCAGUUAAUUAUUCGUCGUGAUGAUUUUAUUGCCAGCAUUGUUAAUUAUGAUAAUGAAGAACAAUUAACUCCAGAUAUUAGGGAGUUUAUGGAACAAGAAUACCUUUCUCGUUCCACUUUUAAUUAUGCAACUGUUAAUCGCGCAAGUAAAGCGUGUGGACCAUUAUUGCAAUGGGUUGAGGCUCAAGUAAGAUACUCAACAAUACUAGAUAAAAUAGCCCCUUUAAGAGAAGAGGUGUUUUUGCUUGAAGAUGAAGCCAAACAAACAAAAGCCAAAUUAAUAGCCAUUAAUGACAUGAUACAAGAGCUAAAAGAUAAUAUUGAAGAAUUAAAAGAAUCUUAUCAAAAUUUAAUUACAGAAACCCAAAUUAUUAAAAAUAAAAUUAAUUCAACUCAUUCAAAAGUUAAUAGAUGUGUAUCAUUGUUGGAAAAUUUAACGAUCGAAAGAAGAAGAUGGGCAAGAAGUAUAAAUGAUUUCACUGGACAAAGAAAAGGCUUAGCAGGAAAUUCGCUAUUAGCCUCAGCUUUUUUAUCUUAUUGUGGUUACUUUGAUCAGAAGGCCCGUAAUCAAUUAUUAGUAAUUUGGAAAUCAAAAUUAGAAUCAUCUGGAAUAACAUUUGAUGAAAAUAUAAGAAUAAUUGAAUUUUUAUCACAGCCUAAUGAGAUUUUACAAUGGCGUAAGGCUGGCUUACCUGACGACGAUUUAUCAGUUGAAAAUAUGAUUUUAAUACAAAACCAAGAAAAGAUCCCUUACAUUAUUGAUCCUACAGGAAAUAUUGUAGAUAUUCUUAUAUCUCAAAUUUCUCCUAAAAAGUUAAUCACCACAAGUUUCUUAGAUGAUGGUUUUGUAAAGCAGAUUGAAAAUGCGUUGAGAUUUGGAAAUUCGAUUUUAAUUCAAGAUGCAGAGCAUUUUGAUCCAAUCAUUAGUCGGGUUAUUAGCAAAGAGAUUCAAAAGGCUGGUGGUAGAUCGUUAAUUCGACUAGGAAAACAGGAGGUAGAUUGUUCACCUGAUUUUAAACUAUAUAUUCAAACUAAAGAUCCACUGGUAAUUGUUCCUCCCCACAUUUCAUGCAGAACCACAGUUGUUAAUUUCACCGUUACAGAAAGUAGUCUUGAGAGCCAGACAUUAAAUAUGACUUUGAAGAAAGAAAGACCAGAUGUUGAAAAGCAAAGAAUUGAAUUGAUAAAACUACAUGGAGAAUAUAAAGUUCGCUUACGUUUUCUUGAAGAUAAAUUGUUGCAAUCCUUAAGUGAUACUGAAGGAAAUAUUUUAGAUAAUGAUGAAAUUAUCACAACUCUUGAAAACCUAAAAGUUGAAUCCAAAGAAAUAGAAAUGAAAAUUGAGGAAACUGAUAAUGUAAUGAAAACAGUUGAGAAGGUUCUUGAAAACUAUAAUAUUUUAUCCUCAAAUUGUUCGGCUAUUUUUAGUCUUUUAGACCGAUUUCAAGAUAUAAAUCCAUUUUAUCAGUUUUCUUUAACCUAUUUUAUUGAUAUUUUUAAAACUGUUCUUUCACUUAAAUCUAAUAAGAAUGAAAAUAGAGUGAAAUCAUUAAUUUUAAGACUCUAUCAAGAAAUUUAUUCAAGAACAGCCUUAUCUAUGCACAAUUCUGAUAGACCUGUUUUUGGUUUAUGUUUGUAUGUUUUAUUUCAAAGUAUUCAAAUAGGGAAAGACUUGCUACAAACACUCAUGGAGAUUCUUGGAUUAAUAUCAGAAGAAAAUAUUAAUCCUUUGAAAUUAAAGAAAAUUUUUGAGCAUUUUUCAAUCAAUUCAAAUUCUGAAAAUUUUGUUACUUUAUUAGAAAACUAUACUGAAGAUAAUUUCAAGUUGGUGCUUGAAGAAAAUAAAGAUGAAAAGCUUGAAGAAUUAAAAGUGUUAUUAGAAGUAUUAUUCAAGAUGCAAGAAACCCCAGAUGCUUUUGUUCAAUCAUUUUCCAAUUUGUGCAAUUUCCUAUUUUUGCCCGGAGUUCCAUUGUUUGCUUCAUCGUAUGAUUUUUCUAAUAUUGUUAAUAUACACAAUAACUCUUUUGAACCAUUUAUUCUAUGUUCGCCAGAAGGCUAUGAUCCAACAUUCAAAGUCAAAAAUUUGGUGAAUACCUUUGACAUAAAGUUGUCAACAGUUGCUAUGGGCUCUGCAGAAGCAGUAGAUAUAGCAAAUCAAGAAAUAAAAAAAGCUUCAAAAGAAGGAUACUGGGUCCUUAUUCAGAAUAUACAAAUGGCUCCAUUGUGGUUGGAAUACUUAGAAAAGCAAUUGAAUUCUAUUUCAGCAAAUAGCAAAUUUAAACUCUUUUUGACCUGUAACUUAACAUCUGAUAUUCCAACAACUUUGCUAAGAACAUCAUUUAAUUUGGUUUUUGAAAAUCCUCCAGGUAUUAAAACGGUAAUGAAUGAAAUAUUCAACGAAAUCCCAUUAGAAAGAAUUGAAAGAAAACCAGUUGAAAGAAGACAUUUGUAUUUUUUAGCAACAUGGUAUUAUGGAAUAGUUCAAGAAAGAUUAAGAUAUGUACCUAUUGGUUGGAGCAAAAGAUAUGAUUUUAAUAAUGCAGAUUUUCAAUCCAGCUUGUUUGUCAUUGAUGAGUGGGUGGAUAAAGUAUCAAAAGAUAGAACCAAUAUUUCACCGGACAUCAUUCCUUGGAAAGCAAUUCAACAUUUAAUCAGUGAUGUAGUCUAUGGUGGAAAAGUUGAAGAUGUUGAAGAUCGUAAUUAUCUUUCCAAAUUAUCUGCAAAUGUUUUUUCUUCAGGGUCUUUUGAAAUCGAUUUCAAUCUUUUAGAAUGCAAUGAAUUAGAUUGUCAGACAAAAUUAUUUGUUCCAGAAGGAAGAACAGUUGAAAGUUAUAAAAGGUGGAUUAAUGAAUUACCUGAUGUUGAGCCACCAAAUUGGUUAGGGUUAGAAAAUGAGGUGGAAUCAAAAAUUAAUGCAAAAAAGGGCAAAGAAAUAGCUAAAACUAUCCAAACUACGAUCGGUAAUAUAAGAAAAGUUCAAGAAUGA